UCACACCACAUUACAUUUUUUAGAAAAACCCUCAAGAGCUUAAGCAUCAUAUACUUCAAAGCAACAACACAAACCCUAGCCUCUCUCUCUCUUUCAACAAAUACUCUAUUUGAAAUGGCGUUCUCUACUAAGGCUUCAAUCGUUGCUAUCAUGAUGGUGAUCAUCUCCGUCGUCGCUGUUUCGGCUCAGUCUGAAGCUCCAGCACCAAGUCCUACUUCUGGAUCUAGCGCGAUCUCUGCAUCUUUCGUCUCAGCUGGAGUAGCAGCAGUUGCGGCUCUUGUCUUCGGCUCUGCUCUUCGGAUCUAAGUUUUUUUUGCUAAGAUGGUGAUUUCGUACAGAGUUUAUUAUCCGGUAUAGGCCAUUCAUCAUUAUUAUUAUUCGUGUGUAUCAUUCCGAAGCUUAUAGAUCUCAGUUCUACCUAGCUCUUUCUUCUAUGUCUUAGAUCUUCAUAUCUGUAUUGAGGAUCUUUAUUAUUCUGAGUUUUAUUUGUGGUUUUGUGAUUUUUCUAGACGGUUAUGGGAUGUGGUUUUUUGAUAUGAUAUAUUGAAUCUAUUCUAUUUAUUUUAUAUUUUUAUUGGAUGUUUCUUCUUAGAUCUUUUGUUCUUAUGCCUAGCGAUUCACACAAAUCCUGAGAAAUUUUUGAGAAAAUGCAUACAUAGUAGUUGAGAAAUUCUAUAAAAUUGAAGAAUAUAUUCUAAACGCGUUUAAAUCGAAUCAUUCCAACCCAAAAUUCGAACUGGCUUUUGAUUAUAACGCAGAAUCAAAUCAUCAUUAUUUUGGCAUCAAAUUUUAUUCUGUUGGGAAUUGAAUCUGAUUCUAACGCAACUAAAAUGGUCAAAGCGUUAAACAAACUACCGAAUCUGAAAAUUUUGAAAUAGAAACCAGUAUUUUGUCCAUAGAAUUUAUAUAAUGCUAUUGAAUUAAUGUUAACUAAGUUACAAUAUCUUUGUAUAUGUAAUUUUGCUCAACCUGUGAGUAGUGUGGUUCAAUUUCGCUUUUUCCAUUUACACAUUUUGGUUUACUUGGUAUAAUAAAGCUUUGAACUAGUGCCUAGUGGUGGUGGGGUUAAAAUGAUUUGGUGCAUUGUUUUAAGAGUUUUCAGAAUUAUGCAGUACAAGUGUCCAUUGCUUUUGGUUUUUUUAGAGCUCUGCACUGUUGAAUGUUGAUGAUACUCGUUUCAAAUAUGGAUCUUGACGUGACGUCGUGUUUUUGGAAAAUUGCGGUAUGACUUGUUAAAACAAAAUCACGUUGGCGUGUGGAAUCAACUGAACAACUAAAAGUACCAAUACGAAAACUUGACCUUUCUUUAUCAGCUAUGAAGAAAAAAUAUGAGGGGCUAUAAUAACGGAAUUGAAGUUUUCUUAAUGAGACACAAAUUUUGGUCAAUAGUAUUUGAUUGAUAAUAAAGGUUGGGAGGAAUUAUUUGAUGAUAGUGAAACUUUAAUGACUUUUGUUGGCACAAAAAAUUGUAGUUUUUUUUUGUCUACACGGUCAAGAAUAAUCAACUGUUGGAUUAGUAGUAUUGAAAUUUGUAACGUGUUUAGUGUUGUGCUGGGUGAUUCUCUAGAUAGCAACGUUGUUGGAUUUUUAUAGUUUUACAAAUCCUUCAUCAUAAAUGUCUUUCGAUUGUAUAUAUAUAGGGUUAAUUUAUGUGUUUACUUCCAUUGAUACAUUGCAUCAUAUGAUCAAAACAAUUUACCAAACCUGCCUUGGUGGAUCUACAAAGGCAAUAAUUCAAUAUGUUCACAUGAUUCACCGUCUGGUUUUUGAUGUUAUAGCGUAUUUGUUCUAUUUGGCUCGUGAUUGGUUUACUUCGCAGGUCACCUGUUGUUGUUUAUUUGUAAAAAAAAAGUUUUAUCCCAAGGAAAUAAAGGAAAAAAUAAAAUUGUUGGACUUUCACAUUUGAGGCCCAUUGGGUAUAUAUCUCAUCUCACCCAAUUACCAAAUCGGUUCUACCCCGGGAAGAAAGAAAGAAAAAGCAGAGGAAUUGCUAUGAAGAGGGUUAAGAAGGAGAACGAUCCACAGAUACGAGACGACAACACAUCCAUGGUUGAUCUUCCUCGAGAUCUUAUCGAAAAGAUUCUUUUGAACUUGCCGGCUAUAUCCAUACCAAAGCUCAUCGUCGUCUCGAAGCUCUGGUCUUCUAUCAUCCGCAGCAAAAGUUUCAUCGAUCUCUACCUGAAACGAUCGCUAACUCGUCCGUGUUUUCUCAUCACAUUCAACCGUGAUGACAUCCGGUUCUUCCACUCAAUUCCUAUGCAGUCUCUGGAGGCAGCGUCACCGUCUUCUUCUUACACUUGUACAACGUCAAGCUUUCCUCUGAGUCUUGAUACAAAGCGGCUCUGUUCAAAAAGUUACAACGUUUCUCCACCGGUACGCGGAUUGAUCUGCUUUCAAUAUUUGGAUAAGGUGGUGGUUUCGAAUCCUAGCACGGGCCAGUUCUUGGUUUUACCAAAACUCAGAAAACUAGAUAUAUCAAGGUUUUUGGGAUACGAUCCGGUUGGAGAUGAAUACAAAGUCUUGUGCACGACGGUAAUGGUAUUGCAAGAUUCUGGAGAAGUUGUGAGCGAAGAGCAUCAAGUUUUCACAUUAAAAGGAGGAUCUCAGAAGAAGGAGAAAGAAGAAGCUACAUGGAGGAUGAUCGAAUGUAAGGUUCCGCAUUGUCCUGUAACCAAAGGGAUAUGUAUGACGACGACGACGAAUGGUGUUAUUUACUACGGAGCUUUGUCAACCCGUGACAGAGAUACACGAGAAUCCCUAAUUGUGUGCUUUGAUGUGAGAUCGGAAGGUUUUACUCUUGUUAAAUUACCCAACGGUGUCGAAAUUGAUGGUGGUGAUGAAUCAGCUGAAUUGGUCAACUACCAAGGGAAGAUAGCUUUAUUGAAUCACUUACAUUUUGGUAAAUGUGAUAUGUGGGUUUUGGAAGAUGUCGGUAAACCAGAAUGGUCAAAGAUCUCUAUCGUGGUUCCUUCUUGGGCUCAUUUAGCUAGAGGAGGUUUAUUAGAUUGCAGAGGUGCCAUUCUUAGUUCCGGAGAAUUCAUAUUCUCACCAGUCUCUUCGGAUAGCCCGUUCUGUAUUGUCACUUACGAUCGCGAGAAAGAUAUUGGCAGUAGAACUAAAAGUGUUUUGUUCAGAUCUCGGAUGGUAUCUAGUUCAAUGGUUCUGGUUUUGAUUGAAGUUCAAGUUUUUAGUUUUUUUUUUUUCUGUAGAACUAAAAGUGUUUCUUAUUUGGUUAUACAUUGGAGAAAACCAGGUUGUGUUUUCAUGUGAUGAUUACUACAAAGGGUUUCUAUAUGUGAACAAGAUUCUCUUCGCUUAUAGUAUAAGCUUUAUACUACUCUCCAUGCAUAA